AUGGGGGCGAUCACAGGCACCACCAGUGGCACGGGCUUUGUGGCUGCGCGAGUGGUGGCGCAACACGGCGGCGAGGUACUACUCCUGAACCGCGCAUCAGAACGCGCACAGCGAGCCCACGCGGCGCUUGUGGCGGCAGUGCCCGAAGGGAAGUUUGUCAGCAUCGAGUGCGACCUCUCAGACUUCAAAUCCGUGCGGCGCGCGGGCCAGGAGAUCAAGGCAAAGUAUCAGAAGCUGUUUUGCUUAGCGAACAAUGCCGGCAUCAUGGCCCUUCCAGAUGUACCCACGGCGGAUGGCUACGAUCCGCAGAUGCAGAUCAACUACUUGUCCCACUUCUUGCUGACGGCAGAGCUGUUCCCCUUGCUGGAGGCUGAGGCACAGCAGUCUGGGGAGGCGCGGGUCGUGAACCACUCCAGCAUGGGGCGGAACUUCCUGCGCGAGAAGGUCGUAGAAGAGAAGUACCUCCGGGCGACCAAGCCCCAGCAGCUGGGCGGCGACUCGAUCCGCCUGGGCGGUGGGGCGCGCCUGGUGCGCUACUUCAAGUCCAAGUUGGCGAACAGCAUUUUCACCUACGCCCUGCAUGACCGACUGCACCGCCCGAACGGCGAGGGAGUGUCUGCUUCGUCCAAGCGCGUUAAGGCGCUUUGCGCCCACCCGGGGGCUGCAACCACACGGCUGGACCGGGACGUGCAGUUCCCCUGCUGCUCCGGCUGCCUCUUCGGACUCUUUAAGCUCACCUGGCAGAGCAGCGAGGACGGCGCCAUGGGGCUGUUGAAGGCGAUGAUGGACCCGGACGCAGAGAGCGGGGUUUUGUACGGCCCGGCGAACGACGGCUUGACGGGCCCAGCGGUGGCAAAUCCACGUUACCCCGGCGCAGAGACAGAUCCUGCAGCGCAGGAGAUGCUGUGGCGCUGGAGUGAGGAGGCACGUAGCAGCCGCGAGGAAUGGCUGGGUGCGCUGCAGAUGGUGAAGAGCCGCCUUGCCAAGGCUUCCAAGGCUCCCUUCCUGCUGAAGGCUUCGAACCAGCAGUCCGCGGCCUUGCGGUUCCUGCCCUGCUGGGAGGAGGCCUUGCUCUUCGAGAACUUCGACUCGCCUCAGAGCCUCGAUGCCUGGCGCGGGGAUUGCGGGCUGCGGCGUUGGUCCGGCCGCCCCCACGCCGCCCAGGCGCCGGUGAGCCUCUGGUGCGUGACUCUGCCGCCCAGAGGUGAUGAGGAGGAGUGCAACGCGCCCCGCGUCUUGCAGCGGGUCCUCCCCGACGCCUCUGUCUCCUUGGUGGCCUUCCGGGCCAUGUGCCGCUGCACCGCCCGGCGCCUGCGGGCGGGCGGCAUUUUCUCGCUGCUGGGCGCCUACCAGUGCGACGUUUUCAGCCUUUACUUCACCUUCGACUCGAGCGGCCGCACCAUCUUCGCCGGGGACGGCGGGUCCAAUGACGAGGCGCUCGGGCGAUGGGAAGACCAGCAAUGGUACGAAUUCGUGAUGCACUUCAACUGGUCCAAGGGAGAGGUCUACGUCCGGCACGGCAUGGAUGGCAGGUGCCUCUCAGGAUGCCGAGUUCCACUCGCCUGGCCGGUGGGCGGCCUCAGCGGAGUGAAGCUAUGGCACAUGUCUCACGGAUUUGAAGCGUCAUGGACGGACCUCCUGGGGCAUGCCGCGAAGAAGUCUGGAGUGGAAAUCACCGCGGCACAGGCUCAAGCAGGUGUGCGCUUGAAACAAGAAGGCACCCCCUGCUUUGCGCACAUCAUGUUCUCUCGGAGCCGCAAAGCGACCUCCGAGACCGAAGCGAAGAAGGAGACGAAGGCGGAGGCGAAGGCGAAGACGCAGAAGCAGUUUGAUAAUGAGGGCUCGCACGGGCACAACAUCUUCGCGAUGCUCAUGAAUGAGGAGUCGCCCAACUUCGGCAUGGACCACUCCACCGAGGACGUCCAGGACAAGGUGAAUCGCCUGGAGCGGAUUGUGCAGGAGCAUUCCCAGAUACAUGGGAAGCUCUGGAGCAUUGACUCGCUUCCCGAGCAGUCCAAAGCACCAAAGCGCGGCACGGCUUGGCCUCAAGCUCCCGCGUUGAGACGCGGCGCACGGAGGAGAGGAAACGGGAGGCCAAGGAGCACAGCAAGCAGAUCCAUGACUUUGUGGAGUGCUAUCAGGCCUUGGAGGGCAAAGCCAGGAAGAGCAAGAAGACCAAGAUCUCCCUUUGAACUUGAGGCCGCUGACAGCGUUGAAGUCCAGCAGAAGCUUGCCAACCACAUGCUGAGUUGCGCUGAGUCGUCUCGCCGGAAAGCGUCCGCAUAGUCAGCAGCCAUAUGGUGCCAGUCCAGCUCGCUGUUGCCAAAUAUUUGGCCCUUGACGUCCCGUUCCCGGACAUAUUCUUGACCGCUGCGUGACGCGACUUGAGCUUUCCAGCACCUCGCCGCUGCAUGCAGCCACAUGCGUUUCACAUGCGGAGAAACUGGGCCCAUUAAACAGGACUCC